AUGUCCCGCUCCGCUGCAGACGCGACCCGGUUCACGGCCACCGGUCCCUACGCGCACUCCAAGCCCGGCUCGGCCAGCUCGGCGGCCCCCUACAAGCUCCCUAGCUCGAUGGCCAAGCCCACCUCCCAGCAACAGCAACAGCCGCAGCUAAACGCCAAUGGCAGACCGGAGUCUCCCAAGGAAAAGGUCGAGCGGUUGAGGGCCCAGGCCCGCGCGGCCCGGUUAGCUCAGUCGACAUCGCGGGUGGAUCAGAUGAUUGAAGUAGGACGUCGAUUUGCGAACAAGGCGCAUAAGACGAUGGUGUACACGCUGAUUGCUGCAUCCGGUGUCUGCGGAGCUCUAACAGUUUACUCUGUCAUCUCUCUAACGCUAUACAACCGUCGGCAGCGGGCUCUGUGGGUGGAGAAGGAAAUGCAGAGACUGCAGGAUGCGAAGACGGCGUAUGCUGCCGGUACGGCCAACACGGAGCAAUUGGAGCUGUUGAAGAAUGAGAAGAUCGGGGAGAUCUUCCAGCAGAAGAAGGAGGAGGCUAAGGCGCAGCGGCCCUGGAAUCAGGUCAAGAAUUUCAUCUUCGGUGGUUUGAAGCAGGAUGAGAAGGCCGCCGCUGAUAGCAGCAGCUCUAUCCCCGAUAGUGUUUUGGAGGGCGGCAACAAGUCCGCUGUGCUGGAGGCGCUGAACGCUAAGGCUGCGGAGGAUGCGGCCAAGUCUACUGCUCCUGCUGUUCCCAAGGGCCAGCUGGAUGCGUUGGCUGAGAACGCCGAAGAUGCUGCGAAGCAGUCGACGCGAAGCUGGAAGAGCUGGUUUACUGGACGGUAA